CUUUCUAGUGAGGUUUGAAUUAAAACUGGAUUUCCUCCAUCCCGACCUAAUCUGCUAGUUAAUGAAAAAGAUUCCAAGCCAUGAAGAGAGAAACAUGUGUGCAGAGUGCAACCACUAAGUAACUGGAGGCAGCCCACAAAGUUUUGAGAUUAGGGAGCAGAGAUAUGGAAAGUGCUUGGUUUCAAGUUAUGUCUUAUCCCCAAUACCUCUCUUUUUACAUAGAAAAAGAAAAAAGCAGCAAGGACUACUAGUUUCAUUUAGAUUUCUACAACACAGAAUGAAAAGUUGUACCCGUAACUCCAGUAUGAGUGUUUCUUUCCCGUUCUGAGCUUGAGAAGAAAAGACGGUUGCAGCCAUCAGGCAUCCUGCAGCUGUAAAUGAACUGAAGCGUGGAGGAGGCAGAAACAAAGGGUUCUUGUACCUUCUGCCUUUCAUUAUCUUGUGGUCGUGCAUCUGACAAAGUAGGCUCUAGAGCACAUGAAAGUUUAUGCCACAUUGAAUUGGUUACGUAUGUCUAUGGUUGCACGUUGCUGCUUUCAUGCAGGAAUCGCAACACGGAGGCACUUGUCCAUGCCUAGAAGGGUUAAAGUCAGCAGGUAGUAGGUGGGGCUGAGAGGUGUGGUUUGGAUCUAUCCUGGCUCCUUCUCUGCUGCGUACUUGAACCAGUCACUCCUGGAGUGGCUCUUGCAUAUACCUGCCUAACUUGCCUCUGACACAUUCUCUGCCUUCGUUUUGCUGGGACCGCCUCACUUCCUCGCAUUCUGGAUUUUGCAUUGCAGACAGCAACAAAAUUUGCCUGACAAGCCAAUGUGGAAAGACCUGUUGGAGGAUCGCGGCUGCCACCAGCAACUCUAAACCCAUUAGGUGUUUGAGAACCCACCCACCUCGGGAGUUCUGCAAUGCUCACAGCCGUCUGUGGUUCUCUUGGCAACCAGUGCUCAGAGACACCCCGUUCUUCCCCAACCCACCUAGAGCUGCAGCCUCUGCAAACCUACCAACCGCACACCAGCCCUGAGAGCGGGGGAGAUUUCCCAUCCCCUCUGCAGCCCACGGAACUCCAGCACCUGCCCUUAGGUGGGCCAGACACGGAGUUUUCAGCCAACCCUGGAUAUGAACUGCAUGGCUCUUCAAGGUUAGACCUGGACAGCGAAAGCCAACUGGCCCCUGGCUCAUACUCUAAGCUUCUACAGACAGCACCAGAUAUGGCUCACCAUUAUGAACCUUGGUUCAGGCCUACGCAUCCUAGCAAUGCUACUGAUGAAGGUGGCAUCAAUCCAUGGUGGGAUCUCCAUGCUGGAUCCAGUUGGAUGGAUCUUCAGGGUGGCCUUCAGCCACCAGGCCAUGCAGGUGGACUUCAGCCAGCUCUGGCUGGCUAUGGCUCUUCGGAACAUCAACUCUGCGGUCCACCUCACCAUCUCUUGCCUUCAGCACCACAUCUCAUGGGCCAGGAAGGAGUCAAGUCCCUGGAUUCUACUCAGGAGCCUCAUUCUCUGGAUCAGGCUGGGGAUGGCAGUGGUAGGCCGAAGAGUUCAAGGCGUUCAGUGACCCGGAGUUCUGGGCAGGCUGCCUGCAGGUGUCCCAAUUGCCAAGAGGCCGAGAGGGUGGGCCAGUGUCCUGACAACUCUAAGAAGAAGCACCUCCACAACUGUCAUAUCCCUGGUUGUGGCAAAGCCUACGCCAAGACAUCCCAUCUGAAGGCCCACCUGAGGUGGCACAGUGGUGACCGUCCCUUUGUCUGCAACUGGCUGUUCUGUGGAAAGCGCUUCACCCGCUCUGAUGAGCUGCAGAGGCACCUUCAAACCCACACAGGAACCAAGAAAUUUACCUGCCCUGUUUGCAACCGGGUCUUUAUGAGAAGUGACCACCUUAGCAAGCACAUGAAGACGCAUGAAGGUGCUAAGGAGGAAGCAGACGGAGAGAGCAAAGCUGGGACAGAGCCUCCUGCCAAAGUCAAACGGGAGCCUGAUGGAAGCUCUUCAAGUGCUGCUCCCCAAUCCAAUUGAGCCUUUCUUCUUCAUUGAAGAAGUUCCCUCCCCAUCUGUCCAUAAUGGUCACUCCUGUUCUACUGACUUGUCUUCCUUGCUCAAGGCUCUGGGGUCACCACACCCUCUAGGCCUGAACAUUUCUCUGUCCUUGGAAUGAGAGGUUAUUUAUUCUCUAGGAGGAAAGGAUGACGAUGUUGGAACAUGUUAGGAAGGGCCAAGCCCUUGAACAGCUUUGGGGUGGAUCUUCACAUUGAGUGUGUGUUUGGGGUGUAAGGGAGGGAUGCUUUUGAAGGAUGGUUGCUGAGGUGGGUUGGGAUAAGUGGAACCUUAUGGGCAGAUAUAAAUCAUUUUGGGCCUUACCUGUCUCGAAUGAUAGGUUACUUGUCUCUACUAUACACAGAGAACACACAAAUGUGUUAAUAGUUACGGUAGGACCUCAUUCUUUAGUUUAAGCUUGUAGAGAUUUAUGGGUUUAGAUCUAACCAUCCUCUGUUCAUUCUCCACCCCUUGGGUCCGCAGUUUAGUCGGCUAUCAUGGCAUCUCUCACACCUUAUUUCCAUUGGUUGGGUGUCUUUUCUUGGAAAAAGCAAGGGCAGAAUUGUUGGUUUGUGUCCUCUACUGUGCUACCUCACCCUGUUGGCAAUACUAGUGAGAUGCUAAACUUUGUCUUUAACUACAGGUGUUUUCACAAGUGACCUUAAAAGUACCUUUUUGUCUCCUUUGUGGAAUUAUUCUGCAGCAGUCCAAUUUGUGUGGCAGGCUGAUGCACCCAAAACCUCCUGUAUUGUAUUUUGACAGCAUCAUCAAAGCUAAAUCACCACAGUACUCAUACACAAACCAUAACCAUGCCAUUCAAUUAAAAGAAACUUCUCCUUUUCUCAUCAUGAAUAUACUCCUACAUUAAUUUCCUAAUUGCUACUUUACAAUCAUAAGUUUCUUUUCUGUACAAACAUGAGAGAUAAAUUUUCUGUACGAACAUGAGAGAUACUAUUUUGUAGUGUAACUGGGUUUCACCUUCACUGGAUUUCAACAGGAGAGCAAAUGAUUAUCCUGUUUGUAAUUCCUGCUGAAAAAUUAUCACCCACAUCAGGCCUACUUGAUGUACAGUGAGUCACUCUAUGUAUAUUUGUGUCAUUUAUUUAGAUUGCAGUAGGUUUUCUGUUCACAGGAUCAAAAUUUGGGGAAUGGGAUGCAGAAUACACAUCACUGCCAGUAGUUUCCCUUGUGCCAUAUGGAAGAUAUUCUGGUAUGUGUUUUGUGCCACAGAUAAAGAAAUAACUUCCUUUCCCUACAUCCUUGGUCCCCUUUAGCACCCACAUAGCAUCUGCCUCAAACUUGUUAAUUAACAAUGUGAACUGACAUAAACUUUUGCAUUAAUUUGGAAUUUGCAGAGUUUUAAUUGUAAAGCAUUUCAAAAUCUUAUUUCAAACAGAUUUGGCAAGGGGA